AUGCUUGAUACAGUGUAUCGUCACCUGCAUUGUGUGAACCUUGUUCAGGUUAUGUUUUUUUCUUUUUUUCUUUUCUGUAUUUCAGAGUUUGUUGUGGCAUCAAGUGGGGUACGUAUGAAAUACUGCAUGUUUGACGAAGUUAUGAGUCGUAUUGGUAAUGAUCCUGUUGCUGUUAUACCAGAGGUUCCUCGUAAGGGGCAUUCUGCUGUGCAGGUUUAUACUGUUGGGGGUGAUGAAUUUUCACCGAUUCGUAUUAAGGCUUUGUUAAAUAAUUUAGAUGAACCAUCAAAAUAUUGCUCUAAUGAAGGGGAAGUUCGUUUGGGCUUGCGUAAAGUUGAAGUUUUUUGUCGAAGUGUUAGUGUGCUGACAGAAGAGAAGAAGAAAAUCAUUGUGAAGCAGGUUAUUCCUGCCGCAAUUAAUUUGCAUGCUGAACGUCUAUCCGUUGUUCCACUUAAGGGCCCAGUUCGAAUUCCACAGAAGAAUAUAGGUCUCUGUCAAUGGUUUAUAAUACCUCGGGAACACCAUACUGUUGGUGUGGAUGGAGGUGAUUUUUUUUUGUAUGUUAGUGCUAUGCAGAGUGAAGUGGUUAUGGCAUGGGCUAUGCCGUGCGCAAGACUUGAAAGUGGUCGUCCAUUUCUUGGUGGUAUGAAUCUUGAUCCUAUGGGUGUUUCGUCGACGAAGAUUUUUGCUCGUGUUGUUGCACAUGAGAUUGCACAUGCCCUUGGGUUUAACCAGCAUCUUUUCACUAGGCGUAAUAUGAUUUCUAAUAUCUCAAAUGUGCGUGGUAAGGCUAAUGUACGGGUUAUCUCCACUCCAAAAGUUAAGGAGUUUACUGGGAAGUAUUAUAAUUGCCCUGAGAUUCCAGGUAUGGAGUUAGAAGACGAAGGUGGAAAGGGUACGUUAUCUUCACACUGGGAGCGGCGCAACGCAAUUGAUGAGCUAAUGAGUGGUUUAAUUGGAAAAGGCUAUUACACUGUACUAACGUUGGCAGCAUUCCAUGAUACGGGUUUUUUUAAAGCUAAUUUUAGUAUGGCUGAACCAAUGAAGUGGGGUAAUAAUUCUGGUUGUCAAUUUUUAAAAGAACCUUGUAUUAAAAAUGAAAUUUCUUCUUUCCCUGAUUUGUUCUGUAAUUGGAACGGAAAGAAUAGUUUGCCAUCCUGUACAUAUGAUCAUUUGUCACUUGGAUACUGUACACUGGAUAGCUUUACUGAGGAUCGACCACCUGAGUACCGGUACUUCACGGACCCAAAACGUGGUGGCAGUAGCUCUUUUAUGGACUUCUGCCCUCAUGUUGACGAGGAUCCUAAGAAAAGUUGUACUAGUGGAAAUGCAAUGGAUAUGAAGGGAAGUUAUAUUGGUCCAAAUUCAAGGUGUGUAAAAGGAGUGGAUCUAAGGUUAUCUAACGUUCCACUUGGUGAUGUGUGCGUGAACACUUUGUGUGAAAAUGGAAAACUAAAAGUUCAAUUCCAACUUGACAGUGAAUGGUACUUAUGUGAGGAAAAUAAAAUUAUAAGGUCAAAAAAUCCCCAAUGGAGUGGGGGAAUUCGCUGUCCAAAGUACAAUGAAGUCUGUAUUGAUUUACCUGAUGUAAGUGGUGUGUUACCUCCAGUUGUUUUGCCUUUUUCAUACCGUUUGACUACAGAGAAUAAUAUCACAGAAUUACAGAAAGAAGAACGAACCACUACUGAUGGUAAAAUCAAGCUACCAGGAUUUAAAACUGCCAAUAAUAAUAUGUUUGAAAGCGGUAUCAUUCUUUUGUCUUGUUUUUUUCCGCUUUCCUUUAUUGUUUUUUUUAUAGUUGCUUAA